AUGGAGGAGGAUGUGGUGGUGGCUGUGGUGGAGGAGGAUGUGGUGGUGGUGGCGGCGAGUGAGGAAAGAGAGAUCAUGGAAACUUUUUUGAUUAUCAUAGCAUGUUGUGGUGGUUUCUUAGCUUUACUUGCAAUAAUACUUGCAAUAGUAACGGGGAAUAAGAAGGAGAGUAACACUAAUGGGCCUGUACAAAAGCUCAACAACCAGAGAACCAGCGCGGUAAGUACAAGCAAUGGUGAUGGUAGCUACAUGUUUUAUCCUGCCGCUGCUGCGUCUCUUCCUACUGUCUCCGAUUCUGCUCAUCACCGCCACCAUCACGGUGGUCAUCAUCUUGGUGGCCAUCACGGUGGCGGUGGUUUUGGUGGCCAUCACGGUGGCGGUGGUUUUGGAGGACAUCACGGUGGCGGUGGACAUCACGAUGGUGGUGGACAUCACGGUGGUGGCGGUGGAGGCUGUGGGGGAGGAAGUUAG